GAAGUUGUGAACCCUUCUGGAAAGUAUGUUACUUUGGCUACUGAUAUCAGGCCCACGUCUCAAUCACGAAAACGAGGCUAUAGAGCCAAGGUGACGUAUAAAAUUUCGCAGAAUUUUUACAAUAACUGAAUAUUUUCAAAUUUUCUGACAUUUUCUUUACAGUAAAAUUCCUUCAUAGUGGAAGCACCUAUAGUAAUUUUCCUUAUCAAAUUUCGACCUUCGCGGGUCGCGUGGAAAUCUGUUCGAAACAUGAACGCAUUCAUAACAACCCAAAAGUGAAUUGUUUACGAAAAUGAGUUCGAAUAUGAAUCGGAAAGGUAAGCCCAAUCGCUGUUAGUUUUAUUUAUUUCGAAAAUAGAGCUCUUGAACUUUCUUAUUAGCUACUAAAUUUUCAAAUCCCGUUCUUAAGUUUUAGCAAUUCAGGCAAAGAAACGAAGAGGCAAGGGAGCAAAAAGUAAACAACUCAAACGGGACGCGGGAAAAACGGAGAAAAAACCUAGGUAGGAUUUGAGAUUUUGCUUGAAACUUGAUGUACACUUGGGACAUGUAUUAAGCCUUGUUUUAAACCUUUCUUACAGCCAAGUAGAAAGCCCUCCGCCAAAAUACGAAAGCGAAAACGAUGAUGAUGAUAAUAGCGAUUCCGAAGAACAAGAAGACGUUGGGGACUAUAAGAAAGGUAUCGGAAUUUUUUAUUUCAAAACUUUCAAAGCUUCUCAUUCUUUUCCUGAUAAAUUCCUCUCGUAAAACGCUAGUUUUGCGAAUGUUUUAAUACCCAAACUAUUAGGUAUUCUCGUUUUAGGAAACAUAUAAUAUCGCUUCUAUUUGCAGCAUUAAUUUAUAUCUGGCACUUAAAAUUUCGGAUGAAAUUACAUAACGGUAUUGAAUCGCACGUGAAAAUCUCACAGAUAACAAAGCGCCAAUGAGAAACAGUGUGAAGUUCACAAUAGACAAUAGAAUUUCGAAAUAAACUCAAUGUAAUUUCUUUCAUUCCCGCUUGCAUAUAUUAUACUGUUGUUUACAAUGCUUUCCAUGGUUUAUAGCCAUGUAGCCAUGAUUGGCCCAUGAACGCCAUAUGUAAUAUUCUAGUACAAAUAAACGGGUAAUAAUCAUGGGUUAUAAUAAAUUAUAGAUAAACUAAACUUUAUUUAGCUUUGAAACCAAUUUAUUACUUUUGUCAGCUAAUAUUAAUUAUUGUUUACUGUUCUAUUAAAAAUUGUACAAAAAUACAAUUAUAAUUUACAGUGUUAUACAUGUACAUUUUUGAAACCAUUACUUUUAAAAGACACAUUAAAAAUAUUGAAAUUUUUCUCCCAAAAUUGCAAGGUUAGUUCUGGGUUACCUUCAAAUUUUAUCUGUCGGAGCAAUAUAUCAAGUGUCGUUUAGGAUUCAGUAAUUGUUUUAGUGUCUCGGCAAUGAUUUUUGAACCACAGACCAAAAAGCCAAAAAAUUUAGGAAAUGAAAAUGUUUUUAAAAACCUUAAAUUUUUCCAACCAAAACUGAUUAAUAAAACAACCAAAUCCCUUUGAAUUUUUCAUAAUUAUUGGAUAAAAUAUAAUUAAUGAUAUUGACUAAAUAUCAAGAGUGAUUAGGGAAACAAUAUUAGUUCAAUGAAACUUCAUCCAUUCAUUAUUGAUAUUGUCAGUGAGAUAUAAAUCUAUGAAUGUAAGUACUUUCAAAAAUAAAUACCAUACAAGGCUUGAAAUUUACCAGAUGUCUUCUAUAUUAUGCAUGCUUUCAAAUGAAUAUCAUGAAGAAAAACCAAAGAAAAAAUACCUGGGUUUCACAUUUUCUGACCCUACCUAGCUUUUGGCCAUCGAAAUCACAGACCCUAAUCUUUUUAUCUGAACUUUGCAAAGAGUUUGGAGAACUUUUUUACAACCACAGAGUAGACAUUCUGACUCUCUCAAUUUUCUCCUGAAAAUUGAAGCAAUCUUGGAUCUCCUGGUCUCCCGAUUUUUAUCAAAUUCUUACGAUUUUUAUCAAAUUCUUACGAUUUUUUAGAAUAUUCAGGAAAUAUUGUUAAAAAAUAAUAAACAUACUGUUUACUCAGCAACAUAAUAGUUUGUUUUGACCUUUUAUUAAAUUACUUUAUGACAUUAAUUUAUACGAUCACUUACUGUGGGUUCAGGUAGACUGUUAAAUGCAAAUAGUUGUCACAUUAGUUUUAAAGGUUGUAUGAUGACGUUUCUAGGCAGAUUUUCAGACGUCUCUAAUGUGCAUGUGUCUCUAAUGCGUGGCUUCAAUGUUUAUUUUCAAAAUUUAAACGUUGUAAUUACAACAUUUAAAUUUUGAAAAUAAACGUUGAAGGCACGCCUUAGAAACAUCUGAAAAUCUGCCUAGAAACGUCAUCGUACAACCAUUAAAACUAACACAACAACUAUUUGCAUUUAACGGUCUACCUGAAUCCGCAGUAUAACAACAUAUUCCUAAAAUGCAGGAAAUGCCAUUUCAGCUAGAAGACUUUUUAUUAUUUUUCUUCCGAAGAACUAGAUUUCAACUCACUGAACCAUCUUCCUAAUUUUUACCUCCAGUGGUUCGAAUGUCUUCACCCACUUUAUGGUUUUGUACUAGCUAUAUAAAGUAUAACAUGUUUUUUUUUCAAAAUAAUUGAUACAAUAUUUAGUGAAUGUCUGUGUCAUCUGUGCUGCCAUAAUUGAUUUCUAAAGGAGUAUUAUUCUCACGCACAAACAUAUAAAGAAAUUUACAAAAAACCCCAAGAAAAUCCUACCUGAGGUUUUGCAAAUAGGAUACCCAGGUAUUUUUUUUGCAUAAUUAUAAAGUCCCAGGGGGUUAAUAGAGAUUAUUGUUGGUGUAAUAGAAUUCCCCUUGCAUUGAUGUUUAGGUGGCUACCACCCAGUCAAACUUGGCGACCUCUUCAACAACAGAUAUAGUGUUAUAAGAAAGCUUGGAUGGGGUCAUUUUUCAACAGUGUGGCUGGCUUGGGAUUUAAAGUAUGCUUUUAUUUUCAUUUCAUUUUCUGUAGAUAUUUAUUUUACAAGUGUAUUUAUUCAGGAUACCAACAUCACUGACAUGCUCUUCAGUGAGGUCCUGCAUCUCAUGAUUAUUACCAAAACCACAGAUCGUUCUCCUCGCUCGAUGGCGAUGGUCUGCAAGAAAUUAUAUUGACAUAGCUAAUAAUAGUCUCACAUUUUGACAAUAAUUGGCAUAUAGGAAUGCAGUCACAUCCCUAAAUUGUUUUGACACGAAAAUAUGACAUUUUUCGGAGGUGAGAGGAAGCAUCCAUGGUUUUGGUAAUAUUGAUGAUAUUUAUGUACAAUACAUACUUCACUACAUUAUGAGACACAAACAAUUUACUAUUAUUACAAUGUUACAGAGUAAUCCAAUCAAGCAUGAAAAUGGCUCAAAACGAGAAUGGAUAAAUAGUAUAAUAAAAAUAUCAAUAGUUGGCUUACAGUUACAAAAAUGCUAAGCAAAACAGCAAUUAGCCUUUCACGCUGGCCAAUAUCCAUAAUUUUCAGGCUACUGUCUUCCCUUGUCAAAAAGUUUGGACAAUUGAAAUAAUGUGAAAAGUGACUUCGUUUUCAAAGCUGUAACAGUAAAUUUACUAUUAUAUACACAACUACAGCAAUAAUAGUGCAACAAAGUAUUUCUGUUUAAUAAUAUUUUGCUGUAAUGUUAGGGAAAGACGUUAUGUUGCGUUAAAGAUUGUGAAAAGUGCAUCACAUUACACUGAGACUGCACUGGAUGAAAAGAAACUCUUAGAAAAGGUGAUUAUAUUGAGCUAGGUCCCUGGUUCAAACCCUGCAGAUUCAAUUCCUGCAUGGGCACAGACAUAAUAAUGAGUAAACUACAAUAAACCACAACUAACUAUAAUUGUACUUUUCUACAAUCAGGUGCACACAACUGAUCCCAGCCAUGAUGGGCAUAAACAUGUUGUUCAAAUGUUGGAUGAUUUUAAAAUUACUGGAGUCCAUGGCACGCGUAUCCUUAGAGCGUACAGUAGAAUUAGUUGAAGUCAUCAAUCAAUCAGCAACUUUAUUUAAGUUUCAAUCUUUUAGCAAACCAAGAAUGGUUCACUAAUCGCGGAUACCUGAAAGUGCAGUUCACAGAAUAACACAACACUACAAGAUACAUUUCUGAGUAUAUUUUCUAGAUAAAUAUAAAUUCUCAAGUUGUUGAAUACAAUUGACAUCCUUAACUAUUUGCAGAUAUAUGCAUGGUUUUUGAAGUCCUAGGCUAUAAUUUAUUAAAACCCAUCAUCCAGUCUAACUAUAGAGGUCUUCCUGUCCAACAAGUGAAAUCCAUAAUAAAACAGGUACUUUGUAAAAUCACAAUUUAGUAAAUUCAAUUGUAGAGUAUAACUUCUAAAACGACCCAGUAGCAGACUUGCAACAAUGCUGCUGUUCCAACAAUUUGUCAUCAGGACAUGUUCACACUGCUUGUUCCCAACUUGUUGACAGUUGGUUGUCAAGGCUUGUUGAUAACUUGCUAGAAGGUCAUUGAGCUCAACAGACAGGGGUGGAAAAAAUAGGCGAGCACUGCUCACAGGAAAUGUUAAACAGCUGCAGGAAAUUCGUUUGGAUGAAGAUUUGCUAUUGAAAAUUUGAAGGAAAUCUCCCACUCUGGGUGCUGAACAACAUAUGAUUGACAGACGUGAUUUUCGUGAGUUUAAAACCAUGGUCAGCUAGAAUACUUAUGUUUAUGCACAUGCAGAUUUAGCACAAAAACACUCCGUUGGUCUACAGGAAAACUUUUUUCCCCAGGUUGUGCUCCCAGGAAGAAAAUUAUUUUUUCUUGUCCUGUCAACAGACUUCUUACAAGUUGUUCCUACAACUUGUUAUCAUCCUGCAAUUCAACAACUUGUCAACAAGUUGUGAAUGACAACCUUGUAGCAACUUGAUAAAAUAACAGCAUUGUUACAAUUUGUUGACAAGCUUGCUACAAGCCGGUUGCGAACACAUCUUGUUGACAAGUUGUGAGAUUUUUACGUGUGUAAGACUGUUGAAUUAUUAAUGAUUUAUUUAAUGUGUACUGUACAACAAAAUACGGCCAUGAAUUAUUAAUGAUUUAAGAAAUAGCGAAUUUCCUACUAUUCCUAAACUGUUCAACUAUAUUGUUUGCAGACUUUGUUGGGCUUGGAUUAUCUUCACACCAAGUGUGGAAUUAUUCAUACAGAUUUAAAACCAGAGAAUAUAUUGUAUUGUAUAACCAAUAAAGAAAUACAGAAGAUAGCUUAUGAAGCAAAAAUGGCGUCCAUGAACGGUCACCUUUCUUCUGAUAUAGGUAAGUCACGUGUUUCCGUAUAAGAAAAGCUUUACGUUGUUGGUGAUUUUCUAAAAAAAUUAUAAUUAAUUUUGUUUCUUCACAGUUGCAACAGCACCAGAACAUAUCAUGCAAGUAAGUCGAUACUUUGAACAAAAUUCAAAAAUAUUUUUUAUGCGAAGUAAUAUAGAACGAAAGUUUAUUGCCUUCACAGUACAAUUUGUACUAGCUCAGAUCAUCUAUCCACACAUCUGAUAAAUUAUCCUGUUUAAACUUAUUUAAGCAAACUAUCCAGACGAAUUCGCUUGAAUAAUUCAUCUAUUCUGAAAAUCCACUAGCUACACACAUAAAAACGCACAAGUUGCAACAAACCCUGUAGCAAUGUUGUUCCAACAACUUGUCAACAGGAUGUGUUCGCACUGCUUGUUCCCAGCUUGUUGACAACUUGCUACAAGGUUGUUGAGCUCAACAGACUUGUUACAAGUUGUUCCAACAACUCGUUAUCGUCCUGCAAUUCAACAAUUUGUCAACAAGUUGUGCGUGACAACCUUGUAGCAACUUGAUAAAAUGACAGCAUUGUUACAACUUUCUAUACAAGCCUGUUGCGAACACAUCUUGUUGACAUGCACGUGAGAUUUGCGGUGAGAUUUUUACGUGUGUACCGUUAAUUAAAUCUGCUGUUAUCAUGAAUGUUUCCUGACACCAUCACGGGUUCUAUUCAAGUUAAAACAUAGUUGGACCACUCGCCAAACCUUUAUUUUUGUUAAUCUAGUGGCUAGAGCUUGAAAUGUCCUCUGAGCUAAAUGCGCUUGGGAUUUUGAUUAAUUAUCACUCGUGCUGUGGUUGCCUUACGAGUAAAACAAAUGCUUUCUUUAGCAACAGCAAAAAAGUGCUGAAAAAUUAUCGAAAAACCAAAAGAAAAAACUUAAAAAACGUUUGAAAAAACAACAAGAGAAAUACAUGCAAGAACAAGAGCAGCAGGAACGAACUCUGAACGAGGAGACAGCGACGCCUUCCGAACAGUGCCGAAAUUCGAACGACGAAACUGACGUGAAAAGCGAAGAGAUUGUGGAGAACGAGAAAAACGCAGAAUGUCGCGAAGAAAACGAAGAAUGUCCGUGUGACGAUAAAGUUGUAAAUAAUAAUGGAAAUACAGGUAAGACUUUGAACACACAAAGAAAAUCACUUGGAUAUCUGACACAAACUCUUGCUGAUUUGUAGGCAGAAAAUUUAAUUUAACGUUAAUAAUUCAUGCAGAAAACACAAAAGAAAUCACGAGCGUGAAGGAGUUUGUAUAUCUGAUACAUAAUCAUACUGAUUUACAUAAACUUUAAGUUCAAUUUUCUCAUUAUGUAUCAUUCAUUUAUUUGAAAUUGUUGAAGAAUACGAAUGUUCUCAUCAAGACGUUUCACAAGCUAUAUUUUACAUAAAAUAUUAUUACAUCAAAUUUGUUUAGAUAUGAUGGUAGAAAGUGAAAGUAGUAAAUAUGUAAAUAAGGAAGAUACAAUUGAAACAACUAAAACAGAUGCUGAGAUCUCGACUCAAGUGAAUUGUGGCGGCAAUGACCGAACUAUGGCCGAAGCCAAGGCGGCUUGUGUCGACGACGAACAAAUGCACUGGACCAACGGUGAAGCAGAAAAAGACUGCGCCGGCAGGAGUAGUCCAGCGGUUCCAAAAAUGGACAUCUCGCCAGGAAAGGAACAUUGCGGGUAAGUGUGUAUUCUGAGGUACAUUUAGAUAAGGAGUGAUGUUAAAUUUUCAACCAUACAUUGUUGUGAAUGUUUUUAGCAGUCACGAGUCUGCGGAACAUGAGGUCAGCGUAAACGAAACUGUGGAAAUUGUCGAAAAAUUGGAAGUAAGCGAAGGGAGUGGGAACGAGAUUGAAUCCAUGGAAACACACGCAUCAAGUAAGUUGUAUAAACUAUAUUGAUCAUAAAAUCAAGGAGGUGGACCUUUCUAUUAACUAUGGGUAGACACAUUAAGGAAUAUUGUUUCUGAGCCAUGUUUCUCGAAGGUGGACAAACCAAGAAACAUUGUUUCCUAGCCAUGUUUCCCAAAGGUGGGCAAAUCAGGAAACAUUGUUUCCUAGCCAUGUUUCCCAAAGGUGAACAAACCAAGAAACAUUGUUUCCUAGCCAUGUUUCUUGAAGGUGGGCAAAUCAGGAAACAUUGUUUCCUAGCCAUGUUUCCCAAAGGUGGGCAAACCAGGAAACAUUGUUUCCUAGCCAUGUUUCUUGAAGGUGAGCAAACCAGGAAACAUUGUUUCCUAGCCAUGUUUCCCGAAGGUGGGCAAACCAGGAAACAUUGUUUCCUAGCCAUGUUUUCCAAAGGUGGGCAAAUCAGGAAACAUUGUUUCCUAGCCAUGUUUCCCAAAGGUGGGCAAACCAGGAAACAUUGUUUCCUAGCCAUGUUUCUUGAAGGUGAGCAAACCAGGAAACAUUGUUUCCUAGCCAUGUUUCCCAAAGGUGGGCAAAUCAGGAAACAUUGUUUCCUAGCCAUGUUUCCCAAAGGUGGGCAAACCAGGAAACAUUGUUUCCUAGCCAUGUUUCUUGAAGGUGAGCAAACCAGGAAACAUUGUUUCGUAGCCAUGUUUCCCGAAGGUGGACAAAUCAAGAAACCUUGCUUCGGCAAUAAAAAUCACAUUAGGAAAAAAAAGACGUGUUUGCUUGUUAAUCUGCUCAAAGCGUAGCACAAAAUAAUAUUUGGGGAAUAUUUUAUAUGUAGCUACUCAAAACGAAGAGGAAGUCCGAGUGAAAAUUGCCGACCUUGGAAACGCUUGCUGGGUGGUAAGAUUAAUUUUCUCUGUUCUCAUUUUCUUUGCAAAAUCAUUUUAAAUUUCCAGUUUCUUGUUAAUAUCUCUUGCUCAUUGUUGUUUCAGGACCAUCAUUUCACUGAUGAGAUUCAAACUCGUCAAUAUCGAAGUCUCGAAGUCUUAGUUGGCUCAACGUAUGGCCCUCAAGCCGACAUAUGGAGUACUGCUUGUAUGGUGAGUUUUUUAUGCCUUUUCGAAAGCAAUGUUGGGUUCUGAAAAAUUUGGUGACUUUGUUAUUUGAUGGGUAUUUUUGGUUCAUUCAAAUUUUAGGCGUUUGAGUUACUGACUGGAGACUAUUUGUUUGAGCCUCAUUCUGGUGAUAAUUAUUCCAGAGACGAAGGUAUGGUAAACUGUAAACUGAGCUAAAUAUUUUUAUACUGGAUAGUUUUUCAUACUCUAUCAGUUCGAAACUAGAGGUCUAGUAAGUGUCAUCAUAUCUCUUAUCGAUCCAGUGUCACUACAGGAGUAAACCUAAACUGAACUAACUUUAUUUAUACUGGAUAGCUCUGUCAGUUCUAAACUGUUCUUCCUAGACGUCCAGUAAGGAUUAUCUCUUAUUGAUCCAGUGUUACUACAGGAGGAAACCUAAACUAAUCUAACUUGAUUUAUACAGGAUAUAUCUAUCAGUUCUAAACUGUUCUCGCUAGACGUCCUGUAAAGAUCAUUUCUUAUUCAUCCAGUGUUACUGCAGGAGGAAACCUAAACUAAACUUUCAUUGAUUAUACUAGAGGACUUUAUCAAUUCUAAACUUAUGUAGGGAUCUAGGUAAAGGUAUCUUUUAUUGGUGCAGUGUUAUCAUAGGUGGAGAGUAACCAUACACUACAGUCAACUGGAAGCCACUCUUGUCACAUGUGACUGACAUGGAAUUCUAAUGAGGCAACUGCAUAUUGCAGGAAUGAAACCUGAUCACAGAGAUGAAAAAGAGAUGCCCCUACCUCUUGUCACUCCACCAUAUUUUAAUAACCGCACACAGCGCCAAGUCUAAUUUUCUUAUGUUCUCAUGUAAAUAUCUCUUAUUCUGUGUAUAUAUAACAAAAUAACUUUGAAAUUUUGUCUUGUUGCAGACCAUAUCGCACAUAUAAUUGAGCUGCUAGGACGAAUACCAAAACAUAUCGCAUUAGGUGGAAAAUAUUCCACAGAAAUGUUCAAUAGAAAAGGUAGGUGUUUGUGAAUGUUUAAAUGUUGUCAGUUUCACAUGAAGUGUAUUUCUACAAUAGCGGACAAUCUGAAGCACUAGAUGAAGACCCAAAAUUAAAUAAAUUUGAAAGCUUUUGAACUAUUGUUGAUUAACUGAGUAGUUGGAUACAACAUUGGUGAAAUUUAGUUAUGAAAGCCUGGUUCACUGUAGGAAAAUUUAAAUUCAAUUUGAGGCAUCGGAUUCUUGAGCGUCUUCCUGGAGUUUCAAAAGAGAAACUAGGAAGCAUGUUGAAAUAUUUGUGAGGAACAAAGCAAGAAUUUCCACCCCACGUUCUUCCUCAAAAGAAUUAAAUUUAUUGCUUAAUUUCAAAUUCUCAAUGUUUUUCGAAAUGAUCAGCACUGUGUCCCAGCUAUGUGUCAUGUAGAGCAACUUGUAGAAUAAUUUGUAUAAUUUUCUAUCUAGUCGACAGUUUUGAGAAGACAUAUUUCCUAGAAAUUCCCGGUGUAGUUCGCUUUAUCCACAAAUAGUUUUCAUUAAAAAAAUUACCAUUCUAUCUUCGUUCAUCUAGGAGUGUUAAGAAAUAUUACAGAAUUACGACCAUGGUAAGUUCAAGAGGCAAUUUUUCUCGAUUUCGCGAAUUUGCGAUAAAAAGUUUUUAAAACCUAAAAUCUUUUUGGCGUUCCUCUCAAAAUUACUUUGUUUUAGCUUUAUUUUGUAGUUUACACUUUCGCUCGAAACAGCGAACAUUGAACAUUGUUUUGUGUUGUAGGCCUCUUGAAAGUGUCCUCGUUGAAAAAUACGAGUGGAGCGAAGAAGAUGCUGAAGAAUUAGCAUCGUUUUUGCUGCCAAUGUUGGACUUCGUUCAAGAGAACAGAGCAACAGCCGCACAAUGUUUAGAACAUCCUUGGCUUAGUGACGUUUGAAAGAUGUCAUGUAGCUUACUUUGCUUUCACGUCAGUGAUGGCGCUCAGGGGGGACAGAAGAGACUAGUUUAGCCACUUCGGGGCACUGUAACCCCUGGCCGCUCAGGGCUACCAAGAGGGCGGGGCAGGGGAAAGUUUUCCUGCCCCACCCUGACAUGAUAGCGGUCCUAACAUCAGAGGGACACCCAAGAUUUAGCGGGGCACCCUAAGUUGGAGUAUGUUGUUUUCCAACAUGGCAUUUUUUCUUUAGUUUUAAAUUAUAACUUCAUAUGGGGCUCAAAAGAAAAAUUGCACUGGACCCAACAAAACGACCCGGCGGAAAAUAGAAAUUCGCGGGUUGCUCAUCCGUAG